AUGGGUUUCAAAUUACAAAAAUUUUCCAAGAUUAUAGGUUUGGGCGGCAAACAUAAAUCAAAGGAUACUGAAACCAAACAACAAGAUAGUUCGACGGGGAAAAUUGUGCAAGAGUCGCAAUCCCCUAGGUUGGAGAACAAGAAAGGCCAAAUACAGAAUGAAAAUAUUGACACUGCCAUUCAAGAACGGCAACCGUCUCCCGUCGAAGAAGCUCAAACAGCACCAGUGGAGCAAAACCGAGCAGAGGUGCGAGUGAGUUCCGUUCCAGAAGAGAGGUUACACAGCGGCAGCUCUUCCAUUCACGGUUCUCAUUUCGUGACAGGUUCCUUUCCACUCUGUGAGCAGGAGAAUGCAAAGGGAGACAAUUUGGAAGCACAGGAAGUUCAUUUCCGUGUAAUAAAUACCCCAACUGAAAGUAGCGAUGAAAUUAACAUUUCUCUUGACCACAGCGAUGAGAUUGAGAGCGCAGCGCAUAGCUCCAAGCCCGCUUCGGACCCUGGGACCUCGGAACCACGUUCGGUUUCUUCGAUGAAGCAGAAAAGUGAUAAAUCUGAAACUCUGAAGAGGAUUAGCUGUGAGACGGUCUCCAAGCCGAUACGGCCUCACGCGGGUGAACACGUUCCCAAGUGUUCGUCAUCUUUUUCUGAAUCCAAAUCGGUAAGUUUGGACAAAGACAAAGACCAGCAUUCGACGAAUACUUGCAAGGAUGCUAAAAGAAGCCGUUCGAGGCAGCAAACGAACAGGAUUGAAACAACACCCGUUUUUAGGAAAAAAAGCGUCGAUCGCAAGCAUGUAGCAGUAAAGGAAGUCUAUCAUCCCUCGUGCGUCAAGAAAGUCAACUAUGAAGGGUCAGAUGUGCAAGUCUCUUCUCGGCAUGAAAUUGUGCGGUCAAGUGUGGCAGUGUCUCCGAGUGUCGUGCCCUGUGGGGAUUCAGCAGCCUCAAAUGGACGUGCGAGGCCUCCCUCGAAUUCAAAAGCACAUGCUUUUCGGAUUAAUCAAAUUUCUAGCUACGGGGUUGAGAAAAAACGCUCGCCAUCAAUGUCUUCUGAUCGUCGUUCUGUAAUUUCAGGCUUAACAUCUUCUCAUCUCUCAGGACCGCGUUCUCCUCGUUAUUUAUUGCCAAACCGCAAAAGGGACCCUCUUUUACACGGACGUUGCGCUCCAAGAAACGUUGUGAACCAAGACAAGGAUGGCAUCGCACCCGAUGUGUUGGAAGUCAUUUCGAAAUGUAGUCAAAAGGGACGAAGCUCGCAGCCUCUGAAGCGUGGUCUCCCUUUGCGUGUAUCACCUCAUCAGCGGAAUGGUUGCUUACAAUAUGCGGGAUUACACGCAAAACUCAUGACUAACGUGGUGCAGGAUUUGUCACUCACCCAAGGAUCAUCGGAUCAUUCAACCCCAAAACGAUACAGUGGAGAACGUGAGAUGCGUCACUCAGGGCACAAUCAUGUGAAUCCUGUAGAUGCAGAGUGUGAGCCAUUAUGGAGCUCGAACUCUUCGACCUUGUCUUUGUCGUCUCCACCACAUGGCGUGGAAAGACCCCACAGGACACCCUUGCGUAAAGAAAGGUCUUCCCGUAGUAGCCAUCAGUCUGUAGAGCAGCGACGUGAAAAUUACGAAAGAGGUAUGAGUUUGCCCCAACGUAAUAGCUAUAGAAAUGCGUUACCAAACCAUCAUCUAGCCUCUCACAUAUCCCCGUGUCGCUGUGGGUUUCAACGCGGCCAUGUAGCUGACGAUCAUCGCGACCUCCGAGGAUAUCGGGAAUCCCGUUCGACAGGAAACUGUUUACCCCGCCAUAGUCCAAGGCCUGGGGAAAUUGAGACUGACAACGACUCAUUCUCAGGCUACGCCCAUCAUUCGACCUCGUUGAGCUCCCCGCUACGACGGGACACUUCAGGCUUGCGUCCGGCUAGAAAUGUGAUGUUGGGUCGUCAGUAUUUGAAAACUAGCCCGACGCACAUGCUAAGCCGCCGCACUUCUCCGAAAGCGGCACCUUCUACCCAUCUCUCGUCCCAACGCGAAGCGUCUGCAUCCGAGGAAGAGUACAUUCUGGAUGAAGUCCAGUAUAAGUUAGACCUACUUGCUGAGGAAAUUGCGAAUCGUGACUAUAAAAUAGAGCAAGAAAUGCGGUCAAGUCCGUGGAAGCGUCUUUACCAUCACAGUAAUCGUCAAGAACGGGAGGAGAGGCGUGCUUUGGUGGCUCAGUUCAAAAAGCUCGCGAAAAUUCGUGGGAAGAUUGAAAAUGGCACCAUCCAUGAGGAGAUCAAAGCCCGAAAGGACCGGAUACGCAAGCAGGAAGAAGUCCUGAACGAUCCAAAUGGCGUUUACCUGCGUUUGUACAAUGCGAGACAUAGCGCCCGCACUACUGAAGGCAGCCCGAACACGAGCCGAGGCAGCUACUAUGGUAGCACCUCAGGCAGCGCACAUGGCCGUGUUCAAAGGAAGCAAGGCGGAUCCGAUGGGCGACGGGGCCGCGGUAACGCUUCUACGUUCGCCUCUCCAUCGGUGUCUGGUCGAUCUGGAGACCACAGCCAUGGGGCGGUUCGCCGCACUGAGGCCCAACGGGAAGCCUUCUUUAGCAAUAUGUACACCAGAGCAAUGACCGAAGUUCGAGAGAAGGAAAAAAAGGUCCAGACAGCACGCAAAGAGAAAGAACAGCACGAUUUGGAUGAGCUUGUGAUAUCCCGCCUGACGGCGCGUGUUGAGCGUGACCUUCUUCACGGGCGGCAUUAUCGAAACAAGGAUCCUCUCGCUGUGGCCCAGAGCAAAUGGAAAAAACAAGCUAGCAAGGAGGAUAGCGCUGUACAGACUUUCGUCAACCAGCUCAUUCACGGCCCCAAGCUUUCUCUGAGUGAACAAAAAAGGAUGGCGUCCCGGCUUACUGUGCAAGGCUAUAUCAAACCAGAGACCCUACAAAAAAAACAGGAGGAACAGGAGAUGAAGGGGUGCACAUUUCACCCUUGCAUUGGAGAUUAUGCUGGUCUGAAUAACUCCGCACGACGAAGUGCAGUUUCUCCCAAUGCAGGUAACCGGAAGGGAAGCGAUAGCGGUUUAUCCCGAACCGAUGGCUCUGAAUAUAGAGGGAAAUCUACUGGAAAGAGAAGUGACGGCAGGAUAGCCGAAAAUUGUUGCAACAACCUGUACAAGAAAGCUUUGCAGGGAAGGGAGAGAGAGGAGGAGAGAAGAAAGGAGUAUGAACGGCAGCAGCGCCUCAAUAUACUAAAAAGCCGAUUGUCUAGCGACCAUCACUUUCGAAGACGGGUUGAGCUAAACCCAUCUUUGGCGGAACAUUUUAUGAGUUCACUUUCUGUAUAA